CUCCCUCCCUCUAAACCCUCCCGCGAAUCUCCAGGUUCCUCAGCUAGCCGAGGCCGAGUCAGUGUCAGUCAGGGAGCCGGACUGCCGAACACUGUGUGCGGACGCUCCGCUGCAGUCUCGCCCAGGGGCCCGUGCCUGCGCUCGCGCCGCCGGGUGGGAAGAAUGAAGCCGCAGCUGGAGCAGCCACCCUAUGAUUGGCUGUGGCGCUUGUGAACCCGAAGUAAAGAUGGCGGGCGGGCAGGCAGCCGCCGCACUGCCCACUUGGAAGAUGGCGGCGCGCCGCAGCCUCAGCGCCCGCGGCCGGGGGGUCCUGCAGGCAGCGGCGGGGCGGCUGCUGCCGCUGCUACUGCUGAGCUGCUGCUGCGGCGCGGGCGGCUGCGCAGCAACGGGCGAGAACGAGGAGACUGUGAUCAUCGGGUUGCGGCUGGAGGACACGAACGACGUGUCGUUCAUGGAAGGGGGGGCGCUGCGGGUGAGCGAGCGGACCCGGGUCAAGCUGCGGGUGUAUGGGCAGAACAUCAACAACGAGACGUGGUCCCGCAUCGCCUUCACGGAGCAUGAGCGGCGGCGCCACAGCCCGGGCGAGCGCGGGCUGGGGGGCCCCGCGCCGCCAGAGCCGGACAGCGGCCCCCAGCGCUGCGGCAUCCGCACCUCAGAUAUCAUCAUCUUGCCCCACAUCAUUCUCAACCGCCGUACAUCGGGCAUCAUUGAGAUCGAGAUCAAACCGCUACGCAAGAUGGAGAAGAGCAAGUCCUAUUACCUGUGCACAUCACUCUCCACGCCAGCCCUGGGUGCCGGCGGCCCGGGGUCCGCGGGUGGCGCCGUCGGGGGCAAGGGCGGCUCCGGGGUGGCCGGGCUCCCGCCGCCCCCGUGGGCCGAGACCACCUGGAUUUAUCACGACGGCGAGGACACCAAGAUGAUUGUGGGCGAGGAGAAGAAGUUCCUGCUGCCCUUCUGGCUGCAGGUGAUCUUCAUUUCUCUGCUCCUGUGCCUGUCGGGCAUGUUCAGCGGCCUCAACCUGGGGCUGAUGGCCCUGGACCCGAUGGAGCUGCGCAUCGUGCAGAACUGCGGCACGGAGAAGGAGAAGAAUUAUGCCAAGCGCAUCGAGCCCGUGCGCAGGCAGGGCAACUACCUGCUGUGCUCGCUGCUGCUGGGCAACGUGCUGGUCAACACCACGCUCACCAUCCUGCUCGACGACAUCGCCGGCUCAGGCCUCGUGGCGGUGGUGGUCUCCACCAUCGGCAUCGUCAUCUUCGGGGAAAUCGUGCCCCAGGCCAUCUGCUCCCGGCACGGCCUGGCUGUGGGGGCCAACACCAUCUUCCUCACCAAGUUUUUCAUGAUGAUGACCUUCCCCGCUUCUUACCCGGUUAGCAAGCUGCUGGACUGCGUCCUGGGCCAGGAGAUAGGCACUGUAUAUAACCGGGAAAAACUGCUGGAGAUGCUCCGGGUCACCGACCCCUACAACGACCUCGUUAAGGAGGAGCUGAACAUCAUCCAAGGGGCGCUGGAGCUCCGCACCAAGACAGUGGAGGACGUGAUGACUCCGCUCCGGGACUGCUUCAUGAUCACCGGCGAAGCCAUUCUGGACUUCAACACCAUGUCGGAGAUCAUGGAGAGCGGCUACACUCGUAUUCCAGUAUUUGAGGGGGAGCGCUCCAACAUCGUGGACCUCCUCUUUGUCAAAGACUUGGCCUUCGUGGAUCCAGAUGACUGUACUCCCCUGAAAACGAUCACUAAAUUUUAUAACCACCCCUUGCACUUUGUUUUCAAUGACACCAAGUUGGACGCUAUGCUGGAAGAAUUUAAGAAAGGUAAAUCUCAUCUGGCUAUUGUGCAGCGAGUGAACAAUGAGGGAGAAGGGGACCCAUUCUAUGAAGUUCUGGGAAUCGUCACAUUAGAAGAUGUGAUUGAAGAAAUCAUCAAAUCCGAGAUUCUAGAUGAAACAGAUUUAUACACUGAUAACAGAACGAAAAAGAAAGUGGCCCAUCGGGAAAGAAAGCAAGACUUUUCUGCCUUUAAGCAGACAGACAGCGAGAUGAAGGUUAAAAUAUCACCGCAGCUUCUCCUGGCCAUGCACCGUUUCCUAGCAACAGAAGUAGAAGCAUUUAGCCCAUCCCAGAUGUCAGAGAAGAUCCUUCUAAGGCUGCUAAAGCACCCCAAUGUCAUCCAGGAACUGAAGUAUGACGAGAAGAACAAGAAAGCCCCAGAAUACUACCUCUACCAGCGAAACAAACCUGUAGACUACUUCGUUCUCAUUUUGCAGGGGAAAGUGGAAGUAGAAGCUGGGAAGGAAGGUAUGAGAUUCGAAGCCAGCGCUUUCUCCUACUACGGUGUGAUGGCUCUCACAGCCUCACCAGGUGAAAACAAGUCACCCCCUCGCCCCUGUGGCUUGAACCACUCAGACUCUCUGAGCCGAAGUGACCGGAUUGACGCCGUAACGCCGACCCUGGGGAGCAGCAGUAAUCAGCUCAACUCUUCGUUCCUUCAAGUCUACAUCCCUGACUACUCGGUGCGAGCCCUUUCCGACCUUCAGUUUGUGAAGAUCUCAAGACAGCAGUACCAAAAUGCCUUGAUGGCAUCCCGGAUGGACAAAACCCCUCAGUCUUCAGACAGUGAAAACACUAAAAUUGAAUUGACUCUUACGGAGCUGCACGACGGGUUGCCAGACGAGACCGCCAACCUGCUCAACGAACAGAACUGUGUGACGCACAGCAAGGCCAAUCACAGCCUGCACAGCGAAGGGGCCAUCUAGGGCGCCCGCGCCGACCCUCACCCCCAGUCCCAGGGCCCCAGGCCAGCUGGCCGAGAAUCCCAUUAGUGUGAGCUUGUGUGCCAUGCUGCAUCCUGCAACCUCCUGAGACCAAAGACUUUGUCCCCUUCCCGGAAGCCGCGGCAGAGGAUUGCAGGGGCAGGAGCGGGAGCUGGAGGUGUGACACCAAUGGCUAGGGCAUGGCAUUUGAGAUUUCGGAGAUGAACUUCUUCCACCCAGAUAGAAUCAUGUUUAUGUUUUCGGUUGUACCUUUUAUCUUUAUUCACUCUUCUCCUUCCUCAAUUUGCAUGAAGUUGAAAAUUGUUGCGGAUCCCCCCCUUCCCCCAAGAGAUCAUGUUUUUAAACAGUGUCUUUUGCAGAGUUUUACGUUGUUCUGUCUGAACUCUGCCGUGACUCCAUGAUGUGACCCGAAUCGAAUGGACUCAUGGACUCGCUCCUCGGGCCCUGCGUGGCCCUCCUCCGCCCUCCUCGGCCCUCCUCGGCCCUCCUCGGGAGGGGCACGUCUCCUCCGGGCCCAGUGGGUGUCACUGUGGAACUUGAAGGAUGAAUGAAGAAAACUGUGGCCGCAGACCUGCCAAGUCUGUCCCACUGUGGGGCGGAGCCUGGGGCCCCGCCGUCGCCUCUGUGAGCUCAGUGUUGUUUUAAGUUAAUGUUUAACCGUGUCCCUUUCCCUCAGAAAGGUUUAACAUUUGCUUGGAAUGUGAUUUUUGCUCCUACUCUAAGGAAUUUUUAUCACCAAAAUGAAUGUUAAUGAAUUUGAAGCCCAUGGUUUAUCAUUGGCCAGAGGCAAGGUGACUUCAUCCCGCGGUUCCUCCAGCCCGGAUUCUCCAGCCCAGCCAGGCCUCCUCCCCAGCCCAGCGCCCCCCACCUCAGAGUGCCGUGCCCACCUCCCCGUCCUUGCUCGUGUUGACCCAGGAUGCUGCUACACAGAUGCCAAAUGGAAUCUUCCACAGGGCCUUUGAGUAACCGCAGUGUGGCGUGCAAGCUCCUCCCCCCCCACCGGGAUGUGCGCAAUUGUCCGAAAAGGAGUUGGGCGGCCAGCUGCGCUCUGUGCUCCGUGCCCAGAAGGCGUUUCCACACCCAGAUGUUUAAAGGAGGGAACUCUGGGGACUGCCGACCCCUGCCCCUCCUCCCAGGGAGCCCAGUGUCCCUCUUCCCCUCUGUCCCUGGGCUCCUGGGGCCCAGCAGUGGCUGUGUUCCUUGCCCGAGGACCUCUGUGCCUCCCGCCUCCAACGCGGCCCGUGCCGGAGACGCUGCCUGUCCAGCCCAGGGUCGGUUUGGCCCCAAACAGGGAUUCAGAAACCAAAUGUGUGUUGUGGCCAUUUCAUGUGUGUCUCUGCCUUAUUUUAAUAACCAAAUUCAUCACGUGUAGUGAAAUUAAUGUCAGGAGGUACUUCUUGAGUGACCGAAUCCUUAACUGUCUUAUCUGUUUAAGUGUUAGCCCAAGGGAUAUGUGCAUUUUGUUGGCAACGUCCGUUCGUACACUGAAUUACUGAGCUGAGUCCAUAGUGACCGCAGUGCGUGGGGAGGCUUGCCCCUCCGUGCUGACCCCGGUCGCUAGCCAAGAAGAUAGCCUUUUCUCCACUUGGUCUCACUGAACGAAGGGAAGCCCCGGGCCAAGCAGCAGUUUCCUUCUCCCUCCUCAAGGUAGGACUGUGUCCCCCAGGUUGGGCUUGGGGCGGAGGGGAGCUGUGGCUGGGGAGUGACCAGCAGCACACUGGGCCUGCCUCCUGGAAAGCAGGUGGGUGGCUCCAGUGUCAUAGGCACGUUUACCACAGUAUUGCCUCCGGGAUGUCCGUCCUGGACGGUCUUCCUCAACCUGUGCCAUGCCCCUUAGGGAGGGUCACGGGGGCGCCCUCUUUGGGGGGGGGGUGCCUGCUGCUCGCACCCAACCUGCCGUGUGCCCAGGAUAGAUAACGUUGGUUGGACCCACACUCCGAGUAUCCCCCUUUAUAAACAGAUCCGUCCAAGUUCAAAGGUCUCAGUCUCUAACACGUAUCUAGCUGAGCACAGCCCCCGUGUGGCAUGGGAACGGGGACUGUCCCCAGGGUGCACAGAAACCAGUGUUCCCCCUAAGGAAGUGAGCCCUGGGUCUUGGAAGGGGAGUGACCCUCCAGCAGCCACACCCCUACUCCAGGCCCAGACAGCGCUGGCCUUCCUGGUGGUUUGGUGGAGCCUGGCCUACCACGCUGUGGUGGUUCCUGACUUGAGGGGUCUCUGCCCCCUCAGCCUCUCCCCGCUGAUGUGCUUUUCCACACGUGGCCUGUCUCAGGGUGCCUUGCUCCUGGAAGGAGCUUCUGGAAUCAGAGUUAAUGUGUUGGGUCUUUUUCAGAGCCCCACCGUUCCUUUAUGAUCCUAAAGCUCUGGAGAGGCGGGGGUUCCAGCUGCUGGCUCCUUGCCCUCAGAGCGAAACCGAGGACUUCCCAGCACGAUCAUACCCAUGCAGUGCGGCGGCCUUGGGAGCCGUCCGCUGUGAGGUGCUGGCGGGGGCGGCUUUGCGGCGGGGGCUCCUACUCCUGGAGGAUGAAAUUUUAGCCUCCCAAGUUUGUAUUUAUUUUCUCCACACCACUCAUUAGCUUGGAUUACUCCUAUUUUAUAACAACAGGGAAUCGAAAAUAGUUCCUGGCUAUAGUUACAUCUGCUUCGGGGAAAGCUCAAGACCCUUCAGAUCACACUCGCUGCCUUGAGCGAUCAGAUUCUCCUCCCAGGCCCUACUUUCCCUCUGGAAACUACCAUCAGGCCAUUGAAGGAGAAACGCUGGCUUGUGGCUUCACUGGGCAGCACAAUGGUUUUGGCUUAGAAGUUCCUUGCAAUUCUAUGUCUAUAUAAAGGGGAGUCCGGCAGAGAAAGACCAUCAAAUAUUUGAGAUUGCCACGUGCAGUGGCCAAUUCUUAGAAUUACACCAUGGCUGGACCAUCCUGUCCUGGAGCUGCUGGCUUUGUAAGUGUGGAGGGGAGGGGGCUGUGAAGCAGACGCAGGUGCUGGUGUCUUGAAUGCUCCUGGAGCCCUUGUCAGACCCAGCACCUGUCUACAGUGGCUUCCGUGGCCCCUGCUUCGAGCCCUGGCUCUGUGGGUCCAGACAGGGCUUCCUCCUGCUUCUGGCCACUGUAGCAUCCCAAAGGUUCCACCUGAAGCUGGAUCCCCAGUAUCGAGAUGUUCCCAGGACAGUCUGCUUUGUCUUUAUAAAUGAGAGGGUUUUUUGGGUUUUUUUUUUUUUUUCCUACUACCAUUCAGGUUCUUUCCCUUUAUUUCUCUCUGUUCUGUAUUCAUCAGGCAAGUCCAAAAUCAUAUAUUUAAACUUUUAGGAAAACAGAACGUUAAGAUUUGUAUGUACGUGGAUAUUGGGGUGCUAGUCAACUAGUCUAAGUCUUGGUUCUUGCAUGAUUUGCAUUUCAAAGGGCACACCACUUAACUCUGUUCUUCCCUCGGUGCCCAUGCUGACAUGACUGGCUUCGCCACAUGGGAGGAAGUAGGCCACCUUGCCAUUUUCUGAUGUUAUUUUAAGGAACUUCUGUGCAAAGGUUGACUGCAAACUCCACACGAAUAUGGAACAUUAACUGUGAAUAGAUUUACCUGUGCUAUCCCCAGUACCGUCUGACUAAAGGACCAGCUUUUCCAAGUCUAGGAAAACAGCGGUAGAUACAAGUAGAAAUGCAUUUGUGCUGGGAAAUGGAAGUAAAAGGAAUUUGGGCUAAGCAGGGACCGUGAACUUCCGCCCUCAGAUUCUCUCAGGUUGAGGAGCAGACCGAAGGAGGCCCUGGCCGAUUGAGCAUUUGUCCUGGCUGGUCAGAAAUAAGAGCAAACUGCAACCCUCUCAUCUUCUGAAAACCAGCCAACGAUCUGUGGCCCUCUCCACCUGUCCUGGGCCAGGAUCCCAAGAUUCCUCCAGGGUUUGCCGGGGUGGUCCCCAGCAAAAGACUCACCUGGGCUGGGACAAGAAAGGUGCUUAACAAAGAAGCAGCUGCCAGGGAGGGUUGGCUUGGCACACACCGCAUGACCCAAGUUCUCUGAUGGCCUGAGCAACAGGAGCAACUCCUCUGUCGGUUUGGACCCCAGAGAUAGGUUUUUCUUGCAGGGGGUUGACUGAGCUGGCAGUUCAGGGCGCGGAGGCUUCUGGUGUGCCAGUGUGGUUUCUGAGGACAGUUUCUGGGUUGGGUUUGGUUCCACUCUAGGCUCAGGGCUAGUGGUGCUUCUGUCCAGCAAGGAAGGACCUCUGCGUGAGUUGUAGAUUAAUCCAGAGUUGUUAGGGAUUUAGAGAAUUAAGUAUGGAAGGUUUGGGGUGAUACAGAAACUUUCCAAGGUAAAUUUAUCAAUGAGCAACCUACUCAGUGGAUUUUUAUAUCUCAGGGCCAUUUACAGAUCUUGAUCUUUUCAUAGUUCUUUUGUAUUCAAGUGGGCUAAUAAGAGAGAUGAGUUCAGAGAACUCUUAAGAUGAGGUUCAUUUGCCUCCAUUUGAGGGUCAGUGGUGCACCCUUGCCACGCUUGCUGAUGUCCCUGUCCCUCAAGGCUGUGGCAGUGGGCCUUUUUCCUCUAACGCUUGCAGGCAUUCUUCCUGCAGUGAAUGCUUACUUGCUGGUUUUCCUUCUGCCCUGUCUGAAGGUUCCAGAGUCCCUGGUCAGCCCGAGGGACAGAAGGAGGUGAUGGCAGUUCACAGCAGCUGCAGAGCUUGGAGCAGCUCUCCUCCCGCCGUCUUGGGCUGGCUUCUUAGACCUUUGCGGUUGGCUCAGCACACAUAAGCUUUCGGUCUGUGUAUGCUACAGCCACUGACCUCCUUUCACCAGAAGUGUUGUAAAUAUCUUUUGAUGGGAAAUACCAGGCUGUACUUGAAGCAACAUAGAAACAGAGCUUCUAAUAGCAAGAGAGUAAAGUUCUAGGAAUUUGUAUACCAAGGUUUUUAUGUACACAGCUCCAACACGUACUGCAAGAAAGAGUUGAGUUAGUCCAUGUCUUUGAGUUUAGAUACCUGCUUAUGUUGAGUGUAAACAUGAACUGGAAGAAUGGCUUGCCUCGCCUGGCAGGGUAUCUUCUGGCAUUUGCCCACAUCUGACCAACACGGAUUCACUUGAGAAGUGAUUCUUUUGGGGCCAGAUUCUUCUUCAGGUUCACCUGGGGGAGAACUAUUACAGAGACCUGGUGGGGCUUGGGUGCCUUCGUUUUUUGUUGGAGGCCCAGGCCCCUUGGUUUCCACAGCCACUCUUAGGCUCCCGGAGCAGAAGGGAGUGGGAAGGAAUAAGGCCUCAGGACUUUCAUUCCCCCGAGAGUCCCAGCCUAGCUUCUGAUUCGUCAUUCCCCGUGUCUGAAGUCUGCUGUGAAGGUGGAGUGUGUCAGUCCAUUGACUUCUCUUAUUUCUGGAGUCUUUUAAAUCUACAAAUGUAUAUGCUUUAUUUUAUAUUAUUAUUUAUUAUGUACAUAUGCCUCUACUGUUAGUACAUUGUGACUGAGAUGUUUUCUAGGGCCCCUCAUCCAUGGAGCCUAGGGUUCUCUUGUCCCUCGAAGUGGGUGAGAAGGCAGUGGUUUCUUUCUGUUUGUCAUAAAGAGGUGGCUGCUCUUAUGUCAACCCGAGCAUCCCCGGCCCUUUUGCUGGGCCACCACUAUUCCUGAUGGGACUCGUGUUUGGGAUGCGGAUGGAGGCAGGUCUUCUAUGUUACGGCAGGGCUCUCAAGUACCUCCGGGAAAUACUUAGGGGUUGUUUCCUGGUGACGGGGUCUAUUCUCUGUAAUGGUACAGCAGGGCUGUGGUACCAGAGCCGCCUUUCUCACUCCCACCCUCCCAAGCCAGGUUGGCACACUGGCCCCACAACAGUGAUGGCCUCUGAAUUCCCCGCUUGGAUUGCAGAAUCCAUCCCUCUGGACCAUGGAAGCUGCCUCCCCAUCUGGGCUUCUCAGGCCUUUUCAUGGUUUUGAAGCCCAAUGCCAGCAUUGCCUUGGCCCUCAAAUAAGACCCUGCUUUGUGUCUGAUUUUCAUCCCCCUCAGCCCUUACUGUGUCAUAGUGUACAUUUCAUGCUUUCCAGCAGAGAAGUUUUCCGAACACAGUGUUCAGAGCUGUGUACAUAACCCUCAAGAAGCACAAAUGACGUGUGUAGGUUUCCUGAGCUGAUUGUCAUAAUGAAUGCAUUUUAUAAUUCAAAUGAUGUUGUAGAUUUACAGUCUCUCCUAUUUAUUUUGUACCAAUUUAUUUGUAAAUUUUGUGAUUGUUUUAAAAGGUUUUUGUUUAUUUCUAUUAUUCUAUUUAGAUAAAUGAUGAUUUUCUGUU